AAAAACGGAACCGGAAGUCCAGAUGCGAUGUUAGCAUUAAGCCGAGCGAGCUAGCACAUUGAAGCUACUAUUCAUCUUCCUUUAAGUAGUUGUGUAUAUAUAUGUGUGUAGUUUUCUAAACGUACAUUUACCACAGGCAAUUAUCUUUAGUUAACAAGGCUUUUUAUAUUAACGUGUUAUGUCUUCGCGUCCAGCAGUAACUUUUCCAUUGGUUGCUGUCGAUGCUUUGUUGACGCCUAGCUGUUGAUAAGAAUUUUAAGUUAUUUCCAGGUGUUUGUGAGGCUAAGUGAUUAUGGCAGAUCCUGCACGGAUAAAGCCUGAAGAUGCAGCCGAGAGGGCGGCUUCUUUAACCGAGGAGCAUCCUAAAUCAGAGGAAACUGAAAACGCUCCUGCCACUGAAAAAAACGCAGAUGAAAACAAUGAGGCGUCCUCUGAAGAUCAGCCUAAACAGGAGCUGAAACAAGAAACGGUGGCGGGAGAGGAUGAGGAAGAAGGAACAUCUGGCCAGCCUGCCUCCAAACGACUGAAGGUGGAACCAGAGAAGAAAAAGGAAAAGCGCCACAAGGUUGAUGAGGAUGAAAUACAAAAGAUGCAGGUUUUGGUCUCGUCCUUUUCUGAAGAGCAGCUGAAUCGUUACGAGAUGUACAGACGUUCUGCUUUCCCCAAGGCUGCUAUCAAGAGGCUGAUCCAGUCCAUCACAGGAUCAUCCGUGUCCCAGAAUGUGGUGAUUGCAAUGUCCGGUAUUUCCAAGGUAUUUGCCGGGGAAAUUGUUGAGGAAGCACUGGAUGUGUGCGAGAAGUGGGGGGACACACCACCACUCCAACCAAAACACAUGAGGGAAGCAGUGAGGAGGCUCAAGAGCCGAGACCAGAUCCCCAACACAAAGUACAAGAACAUUCUCUUUCACUGAGGCAAGCGCGCUGCUGAUUGCAUGAGGAUGAUUUGAAGGGUUGCGUCACACAUGGAAAAAGUUCUCCUGAAUCCAGUGUAGAUCCGCUGCAGCCAAAUAGACAUUCUCUACUGACUGUCUAAUCUCAGUGACUGUAGUACUGAAGAAUGCUGACAGCUGAGCAAUAACGCUCCACAGAAGACCUUCCUUUCACACAUACGACUGCCAAGGUAAAUGGUAUGAACUCACGCUCGUAUAUUAUGUCUGUAACAGAGUUUCUACUUGAUGGGAUAAUUGUGAUUUCUGCAGCUCACACACACACAUUUAAAUUUGGAUCUCUUAAAGAGAUCACAUACUAACUACAGUAAUUUAACCAUGAACCAGAAGGUUCAUUCAGGCUAUUUCAUUUCUUUUUUUGUGUUUAGGUUGUGAACCAGAGUAAAUCAGUUCUGUUUUAUUUGAAAAGUUGUAACUUUUUAUUGAGGUUAGAGUUGAACAAAGGGCCACAGGUAAUAUAUCCAGAGUGAGACUUCGAACGUACAAGUUUCUGUAUGAAAACAAAAACUUGGCGCGGAGUGGAUAGUGUGUCACAUGGAAACAUGCAUUUUCUAUUAAAACUUAAAGGCACGACCAAAAA